AUGUUGACUAUCCUCGGCUCCCUCAUUAUGCCGCGCCAACGCAACCAGGCCCUCCCAUACAGCCAUGAAGUCAUGAACAGUCGUCUCGACGAAAUGAAAGCUCUCGGAACUGUGACCCCAACAGACUUCAACCGCUUCUACCUUAUUGCCCUCCACCACGACAAGCUGGCCGCAACGCAGGAUCCAAACGAGCAACGCCGACGCCACAACUUGGUGUAUAGACAGUUUGAGGCCAAGUUCAAAGAGCGCUAUAGCCGCAAGCCGACUUGGAGUUCUUCACGUGCAUCGUUCUUGAAAGAGGCUGUGGACCUCUUCUUGCUUGCCCAAGGAGCAUCCGCUUCUCCUUCAUCCCCGAUGCCACCUCUCAAGUCGACUGCUCUACAUAACGAUGCCCCUGUGUCGGAUGUCCCCGAUGUCCCAGACGACAGCGAGCACUCUGUCUCUAUCACUACCUCGCAAAUGUCGCCCCCCGCCUCUCUUACCAAGGACAAUGGUGGUAGGGACUCGCAUGAAACCUGGACUAGUCUCUUGACAGCCGCAUACAACCGCGUGCAGGACGACCCGACGAACCAGCAACACAUCGACACUUAUGCGACCCAUGUUAAGCAGUAUUCUGAUUGGUUGAUGGCCCGAGAGAAUGAAUUCCAUCGUCUUUGUCGGGAGGAGGACAAGAAGUACCACAGCAAAAAGGAGGAACUGAAGACCCGUGAGCUCCUCAGGGCAAAACAGGAAGAAGUCGAGAAGACACUGGAUCAGGAGCGCAGACUGAUGGCCAAGCAGCAAGAGAUGAAUACUCGAGCUCAAUCGGCGAAGGAGAAGAACGCCAAACUUGGAGACGCUUUGGACCAGUCUCGCAUAGCCGAGAAGAACCUGACGGAAGACCUCCGCAACCUGCGGAAAGAAAAGGACUUAGCUGAGGCCAAGGCCCGUGAGCUGCAGUCUCAGCUGCAUUUGAAGCAGGAUGAAAAUUUCAAGUUGCUAGAUGAGAAUACUGCCUUGAAGCAGGCCGAUGAGAAGAAUACGAAAAGCAUUGAAAGCUCUCCGACCUCGAGGAGGAAAACUCUCGUCUCUUGGAGAUCGAAACAGAUCUCACUGACGAGAUCUAGCAACUGCGCGACCGAAUCUUCGACCUCGAAUCGAAAGGCAAGGAUUCAGCAAGUCUCAAACAAGAACUCAGAGCUUUCGGCCUUGCAGGAACAGAACUGGCAACUCCAGCAAGCCUCGACCAACAUCUCAAAAUCCCACAAUCUCCUGGAGAAGAAGCUCUCUACGCGCGACAAAAUCACUCAUGGAUUGCAGGAGCGGAUCCGCAUUCUGGAAAAGGAUCAGACACUCCUACCAUCAUUCAUCCCCGCCCACGUACAAGCCCGAGUCGCAUACCUCAAGGCGAACGGCAGUAAUCAGGAAAGAUUGGAGUUCAGAAAUGAAGUCAUGCGCCUUGCGGGUAGUCGUCAACUGUCGGCUGCUUCGAUCGAGAAGAACUUGGAGUUGAGGGACUUGGUUGGAGAGGUUGUAGAGGUCUUGGAGGGGGUUGGUAGAGUGCAGACCACCAAGCGACGAAUUGAUGAUUGCAGACGGAGUAAGAUAGACCUGGAGCUGUGCGGUACAUAUAAUAUUCAAUAG